GAAAAACCUACAGUCAAUUGCCCAACAUCCAACCCCCCAUCACCCAAAACAUCCAACCAUCCGUCGUACAGAACUUUCAACCAGCCAUCAUCCAAAACUAGGGAGAUGGCGCAGCUCACCCCAUGGUUUUGGAGACAGGAAUACUGGCUACCUCCAGGGAUCACCUGGGAGGACAUGCAGGAGACGGAGGACAUCCAUUAUCCCCAACCUGGUCACCUCCUGCUCUGCCUCCCCAUCGCUUUCCUUCUGGUUGCCCUCCGGGUCUUCUUCGAAAGGAAAAUCGGCAUCCCCUUGAGUAAAAAACUAAGUUUGCGAGAAAAGGUGAGGCGGAAACCUUCUCCCAACCCCAUCCUGGAGUCUUUUUACAGGAAGUGGAGGAAAAGUCCUGCCAAGGAGGAGCUCAGCAGCUUAGCCAAGCAGUGCGACCUCCAACCGAGGCAGGUAGAGAGGUGGUUCCGAUGCCGCCUGAAUCAGGACCGGCCCAGCUUGACCAAGAAAUUCUGUGAAGCCAGCUGGAGAGCCACCUACUACGCCAUUUCUUUAUGCACGGGGUUGGCUGUCCUUUAUGAUAAACCCUGGUUGUGGGAUCUCCGCGAAUGUUGGGAUGGGUACCCCCAGCAGCCUCUCCAGACGAGCGUUUUUGGCUACUACCUGUUGCAGUUCUCGUUCUACUGCUCCUUGGUCAUCUUGCUACCUUUUGACGUGAAAAGGAUGGACCUUCACGAGCAGAUCAUCCACCACGUGGUCACCCUCUUCCUCAUCGGCUUCUCUUUCUGCUUAAAUUUCCUCCGUAUCGGUUCGCUCGUCAUGUUCCUGCACGAUGUUUCGGACUUUCUCUUGGAGGCCGCCAAGAUGUUUACUUACCCGAAGUGGCAGAAAACCUGUGACAUCCUCUUUGUUGCUUUCUCAGCGGUAUUCCUGGUCACUCGCAUAGGGAUUUUCCCUUGCAAGAUACUCUACAACACAUAUUAUUAUUCCAUGGAGAUCUACCAGCCUUUUUUCGGCUACUACUUCUUCAACGCCCUCCUGAUAGUUCUUCAGCUCCUCCAUGUCUUCUGGUCCUACCUAAUCGUUCGCAUGGUUUAUCGGUUCUUGAUCCGUGGCACGAUGGAAAAGGACCUGCGGAGCCACUCGGAGGCCAGCGAGGAGGAGGUGGGCCACCGGGAGACGGAGCAGAAAAACAGCACCGUGGAUCCCCAGUCCGACCGCCGGCUGCCCGGCAUCACCCGGAGAACGUCCGUGCAGACGGAGGGUGGGAAUUCCCCCUCUGGUGUUCCCACCAAAGCCAGAUAGCUGCAGCCUGUUCUGCUCCUCAUCGCUGCUCUCCCCCCAGCCCUUACCUCGGACUUUCUCCUAGACCUCAAACGGGGUGUCGCUCAAGCACGACGCCCACACAACCCGACUCCCACCCCAAAGUUGUGUGCCCGGUUCGGUCGCUCAUUGCAUGCUCUUCCAAUGUCCCCCCGAAGCUCGGCGGCCGUGAGAAGCCGCAAAAUCUCUCCAGAAGAUCAGGAACGAUCCUGGAGGGGUCCUCUUGGAGUGGGGGGAGGGGAGCGAGGUGGGCCCAGCCUCAAGGAGACAAUGAUCCCCCCCCCACAGCAAUGGCGGAGUCUCCUGAGAGCCACAUAUUGGGCAAGGGGAGAAAGAUGGCGAGAAGACGUGUGUGAGGCAUUGGCUUCGGAAUGGGGCAACACGUCGUGCCCAAUUGGACAGGGCCAAUUCACAGUGGCAACUCACCACGGCCAAGUUCCCACAGAACAACUCGCUGCAGGACAAUUCAGCAAUUCAAUUUAAUGUCAGGGUUCCAAGUAACGCACCCACAGCAAAUAAAACUCUUGAGGCAGGUAGAUUCCUCAAAGAAUACAUUUAUUGGAUAUGUCACAUUGGCCCACCAUGCCACGCCCAUCAAGCCACACCCAUGGAACCGGUAGUAAAAAAAUCUGAAUCCCACCGAUUUUAUUCCACCAUUUCUUCAAUAUUAUUUUAUACGGCUCUUAUUAUUUUAUACAGCUCUAUUAUUAUAGAUUAUAUUAUAGAUUUAGGGAUGCGGUGGCUCGGGGGCUAGGACGUUGAGCUUGUCGGUCGAAAGGUCGGCAGCUGAGCGGUUCGAAUCCCUUGUGCUGCCAUGUAAUGGGGUGAGCUCCCGUUACUUGUCCCAGCUUCUGCCAACCUAGCAGUUCGAAAGCAAGUAAAAAAUGCAAGUAGAAAAACAGGGACCAUCUUUGGUGGGAAGGGAACAGUGUUCCGUGCGCCUUUGGUGUUGAGUCAUGCCGGCCACAUGACCAUGGAGACGUCUUCGGAUAGCGCUGGCUCUUCGGCUUUGAAACGGAGAUGAGCACCACCCCCUAGAGUCGGCAACGUGACUAUCACGUACAUGCGAGGGGAACCUUUACCUUUACCUUAUUAUUAUAGAGCAGUGGUUCUCAACCUUUGUAGUGCUGUGACCCUUUUAAUACAAUUCCCCACGAUGUGGCGACUGUAAAAUUAUUUUCGUUCAUAGGCCUAAGUAACUGUACUUUUGCUAAUGUUAUAAAUUGUAAUCAUAAUGUAAAUAUCUGAUAUACAGGAUGUAUUCUCAUUGUUAGAAACUGAACAUAGCCAAAGCUUUAUGUUUAAUCAAUAUGUAAUUAUAUUUUGUGCAAAAUAUAUUUCUGCUUAUAAUUAAAUUACAAAUAAAUGAAAUUUUAUCUUCAUGGUUUGCAUUUAUUUAUUUUUCUAUUGGGUAUUCACCAUAUUCAUGUUGCAGACUUUAUUCUUUGAUCAAAGUUAAAGUUUUGGGUAAGAAGUUCUGAACAUAUGUACAAGGGACAUGGCAGGAAGAUUCUACAAAGCAUGAGACAAAGCGAUGUCUUUUUAUGCCAAAAAGGUCAUUGAGUAUUCUAAUUAAUCUAAUUGUAAAAAUAAGCCAUGCAACCUAAGUCAUAAACUCUAACCAAUUGUAAAAGUCAGCCAUAUAAUCUAACUUCAAAUUUACACCUCAAUCAUUGUUUAUCUUUCAGUAUCUCUUUCGUUCUUUGUCUUUUUAAUUGACCACUUGGUCCCCUGAAGGAUCAAAGGUUCAAAGGGUGAGGUAGUUCUCAGAGACUCUGAUCACACAAAUACGUUCCCAGAGAAAGGGUGUGAGGAGACCAGGCUCUGAUCACACAUUUUGAGAGAUGCCAGAU